AUGGAUUCACCUUUUCUGUGUUAUUUCUUGUCUAAAGAUAAUGCAACUUUUUUAUAUCAGUAUCACUUUUCAUAUAAAAAUAGUUUAGUUGGUAAAAUUCAGUCAAAUAGUUUUGAAGAUGAUGAAGAAGAGGAAAAUUAUAGCUAUGAAGACUUCAAUAAUGAAGAGUUUAAAGUUAAAACAGAAAUUCAAAGUACUCAAUGUGCUGAAAAUUCUAACAAAAUAAUUAAAGCAAAGCUUAGUUGGAGUUCACAGUUAGUUGAUGUUAUAGAUGAAUUUUAA